AUGGUUCUCCAUAACCCCAACAAUUGGCACUGGGUCAACAAGGAUGCCUCGCCCUGGGCCAAGCAGUGGUUUGAGGAGAACCUGACGAAGCUGGAGGCGAAGGAUGGCGAUGUUACCGCUAGAAUCAGCAAAGUCAUCAGCAUGGAUGGGGAUGUCGACGUUAGCCAGCGGAAAGGGAAGGUCAUUACCAUCUACGAUGUCAAGUUAACUCUGGAAUACUCAGGAUCCACCGCCGAGGAUGAGGAUGUUUCUGGUACCAUCACUGUCCCCGAAGUUGCCCACGAUACGGAGGAGGAGGAGUUUGUCUUCGACAUUGACAUCUACUCGGAUGCCAAAGAGAAGCAGCCAGUCAAGGACCUCAUCCGAGCGAAGCUUAUUCCGCAGCUGCGAGCCGAAUUCCUCAAGCUCUCGCCAGCUCUGAUUGCGGAGCACGGCAAGGAUCUCCAGCACGCCCCCGGCUCGAAUCCGUCAAGCGGCUUCUCGACCCCGAAAUUCCAACCCAAGCCGUCGGCGUCCCCGGCGCCCACCUCCACCGCGACGCAGGGCAGCAGCGGCAGCAGCGGCAGCACCGUGAACACGGUGGUGGUGACCGACAACGAAGAGUUCCGCACGACCGCCGCCGAGCUGUACCAGACCUUCACAGACCCCCAGCGCCUGGCAGCCUUCACACGGGCUCCCCCAAAGGUGUUCGAGGGCGCCAAGGAGGGCGGGAAGUUUGAGCUGUUCGGCGGGAACGUCUCUGGCGAGUACCGCGAGCUCCACGAACCCACAAAAAUCGUCCAGACCUGGAGGCUUGACCAGUGGCCCAAGGGGCACUACUCCACGUUGCAGAUCGAGUUCGACCAGAACGACGUCGAGCACGUCACGGUGAUGCGCGUUACGUGGAGCGGCGUUCCCGUGGGCCAGGAAGAGGUCACCAGGCGGAACUGGGGCGAGUACUACGUGCGGAGCAUCAAGAAGACUUUCGGGUGA